AUGCCACUAUGGCCGUUUGGAAGAAAGAAGCGACGUCUGAGCGCGUCGACGGCCGCAACGACUACGUCAAGCGCUGCAACUGCCACAACGCCAACAAAGACAACAACAGCGCCAGCUGCCCGCCAACAGCAACAGCAACAGCAGCAACAGAGCCAAACUCCGAGCCAGAGCCAGCAGCGCCCUGCAGAUGUUUCAGAUGGCCCGGCACAGGCCAUAGCCCGUCCGACCAAUGCCUCUCGCACCCACAUGCACAUCCCCCCGAAUAGCCUUGAGCGUCCAGGAAGCGUGCAGGACGAGUUGACGGCACUACCUGCCUUGUCCAAACUCGAGCAAAGUCCUCAUCUGAGGCCCGCAAACGUUAUCAAGCCCGUCCAUCCCUAUACCCUUGAACGCCCCUCAUCUGCCCGCUCACGUACCCCGAACAUUCCCCGGUCCCCGUCGCAUGACAAGGCCACCCCCAGUCGCCGUCAGUCCACCAAGCGGAAAAAGGAUCAGACCCUACGCGAAGAGGAAAUCCGUCAGAUGAGCGCGCCAAUGCAGAUUCCAAAGAGACCCGCCGCCUCAUCCGGCCAUGACCUGCUCCGUCGCGACAGCAAAAAGGCCCGUCGGACCCUGACCAAACGGCCCGGUGCCGACGAUUCUCGCAAUUCCAACAUCUCGCUUCCCCUGCCAGAGUCCAUCCGCUCCAACAGAUCACACAUGUCGGAGCAGCGCGCCUGGGAGAUUGGUGGCAUGUCCAUCCUCAGUCCCCGUCCUACCGUUCGUGUGUCGGGCACCUUCACCCAUACGCCCUCGCCUUUCGCAAAGCGUCCGCAGAAGAUGGACAAGCUGCCCGAGCUCGCUCGUGCCUCGAGCGGAAAGAAAGACCGAAGGAAGGUUGCCGACCUUGCCGACGACCUCAACUCCACCGAGCUGCGUAUCCUUAUGGAGCGUGACCAACGCAGGAAAGAGCAAAAGGCCCUGGAGCAGCAUGAACGCCUCGAUCGCAAGUUGCGUAGACGAGCAGAGAAGCAGCGCGAGGAAGAUGAAACUAGGGCUAGAGAAGCCCGUCUAAAUGCAAGCCCUCCCACUGCAAUUCACCCUGCCUUCCGCGAACAAGCCUCCGACGCCGAAUUCGUCACGCCCACUUCGCUCAGGAAACAGGGCAAGCAGCGAGUCCCAGAGAUGCAGGAAACCCCUACCAAGGGCGGAACCUACCUACGCUACCCACCACGCGAAGACAUACCCCAGAAUCCUUUCGCCGACCCCGAGUCCGAGAACCCCUUCACAGCUCCCGGCGCCGAAUAUUCUCCUGUGCAGACGCCAUUUGAUGAGCCGAUCUUGCAAACUGCCAGAGCUGUCAGGCUGUCUGCCGGCCGCUUGUCUCCACCCGCGUCUCCCGUCCCCAAUGCUCAGCGCGAGAUUCAACCCUCUCCCAGUCUGCCCGAGGUAGCAUACCCGCCGUCACAAAGGACAUCUAGUCAUCCCGCUAGUUCUUUUGAAUCUAGUCGACGCAGACCCUCCGAGAGUGGCAGCCGUCGUGUAGGCCCCAGUGCUUGGACUAACAUUUUCCGCCGUGGCCUCAGCUCGAACCGCACAUCCGAGGACAAGGCCCCAUCCGAAUUUUCCUUUGUCAAUACAUCUAGAGAGUCCAUGUCAAAGCAACCCAUUCCGGCCCAUCUUGUCGGACCUCCAUCAUCACGUCAGGCCGGUGUACCCUCUCGCACCCAGAGCAAGUUCCGCGAAGAUCUUCCCGAGCUGCCAAUAUCCCCGCCGUCGUCUCGUAUGCAGUCGCCUGAACUGAGUAUGAUUACAGCCGGGGUUGUGACUGCGAGACGUUCAAAACGUGGUGUCGAAAAGCAGACGAAGCACACCGACCCCUCUGACCCCAUCAGGAAUGACUCUCCUGCAAUUCUUGAAGACCGAGAGUCAACUGUUCUCUCUCAAUCUUAUGGGUCUGUUGAUUCUGAGGGUAGCUGGAUCAGUGGACGUCUGGUUAAACGCACAUCACACACAUCAUAUCCCCAUAGUAGCUUGAGCUCUCUUAAGAAGGGAAAGCCCGAGUUCAACGGAAGUUUCGACCGUCUGCCUGUCCCGGAACAUGAGUACUUUGCUGCUUUGACACCAGACAACGGCAGCCGCCGUGCAUCAGUCGAUCAUGCGAUUGAGAUCACGCCGACAGCAGAUCUCUCCCCCGAGGAGGCUGCACCCCUCAGACAAGCCACAGCACGCCGUAGACCAACGGUGGUACACAAUGACCCUCGUUUUAAGUCUCGUGAAGGCCUUCUUACCGAAUUCCAAGCCGCGGAGCCGGCAACACUAUCUCGGGAGGAUAGCCUCAGCAGUGAUUCUGUCGAGUCUCCAGUGGAGUUGCACAAAGCGCAGAGCGUAAACUAUGGUCGAAUGCAUGGCCAUGGUAAAACACUCAGCGCUGGCAGCGCCAAGAUGCUAGACAUUGCGCCCAAGAGGAGCAAGAGCGUCAACACCCUACUUACAGAAGCGAGUCCCAGGUCGUCACCUCGCAUCCCUCAAGAAUAA